AUGGCCCACACCUGCACCACAACUGUUCACAAUGGCCCACACCUGCACCACAACUGUUCACAAUGGCCCACACCUGCACCACAACUGUUCACAAUGGCCCACACCUGCACCACAACUGUUCACAAUGGCCCACACCUGCACCACAACUGUUCACAAUGGCCCAUACCUGCACCACAUUUGUUCACAAUGGCCCACACCUGCACCACAACUGUUCACAAUGGCCCACACCUGCACCACAACUGUUCACAAUGGCCCACACCUGCACCACAACUGUUCACAAUGGCCCACACCUGCACCGCAACUGUUCACAAUGGCCCAUACCUGCACCACAUUUGUUCACAAUGGCCCACACCUGCACCACAACUGUUCACAAUGGCCCACACCUGCACCACAACUGUUCACAAUGGCCCACACCUGCACCACAACUGUUCACAAUGGCCCACACCUGCACCACAACUGUUCACAAUGGCCCACACCUGCACCACAACUGUUCACAAUGGCCCAUACCUGCACCACAUUUGUUCACAAUGGCCCACACCUGCACCACAACUGUUCACAAUGGCCCACACCUGCACCACAACUGUUCACAAUGGCCCACACCUGCACCACAACUGUUCACAAUGGCCCAUACCUGCACCACAUUUGUUCACAAUGGCCCACACCUGCACCACAACUGUUCACAAUGGCCCAUACCUGCACCACAACUGUUCACAAUGGCCCACACCUGCACCACAACUGUUCACAAUGGCCCACACCUGCACCGCAACUGUUCACAAUGGCCCAUACCUGCACCACAUUUGUUCACAGUGGCCCACACCUGCACCACAACUGUUCACAAUGGCCCACACCUGCACCACAACUGUUCACAAUGGCCCACACCUGCACCACAACUGUUCACAAUGGUCCAUACCUGCACCACAACUGUUCACAAUGGCCCACACCUGCACCACACCUACAAUCUCAAGACACUGA